AUGCAUAUAUAUCCGCAACUUGCUCAUUUCCAGUAUUUUUAUAGUAUGCAAGACUACUUGCGGGAAAUCGAGGGUAGAUUAGCGAGGAAAAGAGAGAGACAAAAUACCGUCCUUUACCGAUUAGCGAAGCGCAAGGCUGAUGAGAAGCGGUUAUCGAGCCUUGGAAUACGCAGUCUUCCCUCUAGCCCACUCGAAACUGCCGAUGUCAAUGUUGUGAAGUUUGUUAUUUUCAAGACCAAGCAAGAAAUUGGAGACAAGGUUGCCCGACUUCGGAACCCUGAGUUGGUCAGUAUCGAAACCCAUGGCGAGGUCGUCGUCCGCGCUAAAAACGAUGAAGUAAAUCAACUAAUUUCCAAGAAGAAUUUAUGGGAGCGCAGGUUGGCCACUCUAAACGGUGAAACCCACAGAAGGGCUGCUCCACGAAAGAUCUACUUCGGGUGCGCUGCUGGACUACCAGAGGCUAAAAGGGACGAUGCAAAGGAGGUCGUUGCCCAUGUGGAAAAUGAAGAGGAUGGUUGGGAGUCUGGUUCACAUGCUUCAUCGAAUUCCGAUGAUGACGACGAUGAUGCGCCAAAACCAUCUACUCUCUACCGCGAGGAGCUUGCUUCACGCGGUUCCGAGGACUUAUUACGCUGCAUUGAAACUGAGGCCGAGCGUAACCUUAGGUCAGUGUAUUCACACGGCAGCGAGUCGUCGCCUGGGCGUAGCCAAAUGGCUGAGGAAACCUUCAUUGUUGAUGUCGUGUUACCAACUGAAGAAGAAUUUCGCAUAAAACAUCUUGAAAGGAGAAAACAGGCAAUUCAGAAGCGCCUUGAUGCACUCAAGAAUUAG